AUGUAGAUUUGAAUAAAUUUAAUAGAUUAAAUAAUAGUUGUGUUAGUUCAUUGAAAGAUUUUAGUAUAUUAUUAGAAAGUUCUUCAAAUGAUUUGAAUCGUUCAAAAGAAAUUGCAAAUAAAUGGAAAGGCAGUAUUCAAAUUCCAGAUAAAGAAUUUUCACAAUUAAAUUUAAAUGAGACAAAAUCAAUUGAUUAUGGUGAGAAAAUGAAAAAAUCUAGUCAAGAGGCUGUGAAGUGA